AUGGCCGAUUCAUUAUCACCUCAAUGCCACUCGAACGACUAUCAGAAUAAAUUCGAUGUUAGCAAGUAUCUUGCAUCUUACUAUAGUGAAGUAACACCAAACUACGUCUUUUAUAUUCGUGGUCUUGUGCGUGUCUUGAAAGAAAAAUGCGGGUCUCUACAUCGUACAGGUGGCAAAGCCCUGGAAUUUGGUGGUGGACCUAGUCUCUGGCCAUCAUUUCUUCUUUCGCAAUACGUCGAUUCAAUACAGUUUUGUGACUAUACUGGAGCAAAUCUUCAAGCCGUUCAAGCUUGGCUCGAUCAUUCAUCGAAUGCACACGAUUGGACAACAUUCUUUCAUUAUCUUCUUAAAGAAAAUCAAACUUCUGAAAGUGAAUUAUCAAAUUGGGAAAAUCGUCUUCGCACAGUGCUCUCUAAUUGUUCUCUAUCACGAUGUGAUGCCAAUGAUCCAAAGUGUCCUAUUCUUUCUGGUCCGGCCGCUGAAUAUGAUAUUAUUGUAACUUGUGAAUGUUUGGAUGUUGCUUGUCAAACACGCGAUGCAUACAAAGAGGCCGUCAAGAGAUUAGUACGUCUGCUCAAACCUGGCGGAUUACUGGUGCUUAUCGCUGCAACUAACUGUUCAUUUUAUAUGGUGGGAAGUGAGCGAUUUACAGGUCUACCUCUCAAUGAACAAAUCAUACGAGAAGCGUUGCAUGAAGCCGAAAUUCAUCCUCAUCAAAUUAACAUUGAAAGUGAGAAAAUUGGAGAGGGAGAAGAUCCUUUCGCUGACUACAGUGGUGGAAUGAUUGUAUCAGCAAUCAAAUCUAAUUAA